UUUGGGCUAAACAUAUUCAACAUUCAUUACGUCAACUUUCUAACAGCGAGUGUUGAAUCAAGAUUAUAACAUGAAACCUCCAAAAAUAAGACGACACAGUAAUACGUAUGGGAGGCGAGGCUCAAGGAGCUACUGUGAUGCCUUGAGUAUCUGUAACAUGGUGGAAAGGUUUGAUAAAAUAGACGUGGAGGCUUACUGUCGAGAGGCUGACGGUGGGGUGUACUCUCAGGGAGGCUGGUACAGUGGAGAAGGAAGGGUCGCCAAGGCCGGGGUGUUCGCUAGAGCCACCGCCGGCAGAGCAGAAGUUAAUUUCACUGUAUUUGGAGCUUAUGCUGAAGGUCCUUGUGCUGGAGUUGGUGCAAAGUUUGCUCAUGUUCCCCUCACGCCCAUCAUAGGUGCUGCCGCCGGUGCCGAGGCCAGUUUCUGUAAGGCUGGAGUGACGGCUGGCCCGGUGGUGGCAGAGGUCAACCUCAACCUCAACACCAGCAUCUCUGUGGGAACAACUCACGCUUCCCUCAACAUCCUCGGCUUUGGUGCCUCCAUUGGUUCCACAACCUAUAUCGCCACCCCAUUAGGAAAAAUUGGCUUUGCCUUAUGAUUAUUUUCCCGCCCACCAAGUCCAAAAUAAAGUAUAUUGCUACUG